AUGUUGGAGAACCUGCCAGAGGGCCAACCUCUGGAAAUGCCGAUUCACCCUAAAAGGGUGAGGGUCCUCCCUAGCCCUGUGGCCAAAUGCUCAAGAUACGUUGAAUGUCGUGCGAGCAGCGGGACGAGCACACCGAUGACCAAACGGCCUGUACCUGAAGUCACAGCGAUCACUACAACUCAUGGAAAUGUACAAGAACCUCAAACGUAUGAAAAUACUCAAAAAAUAUUAGACGUAGCUAAUAGAAUGGAUAUACCCAUUUACAGGGGUAGCAAGUACCCAAUUAUCAAAGAUUACCCAGAAGACCAUUAUUUCGGUUUUGAUGGUUUAGGAGACAAUAACGGCACGUACCGAUCUAUUAAAGCACAGCCAGCUCAUGCAGUGUUCAUUUUGAUUGAAUUAUCAAAGAAGUAUAAAGAUGCUCAGAAUAUGAAGCCAGAGUAUAACGCUUUGCAUGAUGUAGAGGCGUACUAUAUUGUAGCACAAAACGCAUAUCCAGACAUAGUUACAAUGCUUCCAUCAUCUAUAAUUGAUUCAAUGGGUAUUAAAACAGUUUGGCGUAAAAACGUACUAGGCGCUAUAAACACCGAUUUGAUGAGAGCCCAGAAUAAGUUUGAAGAAGUAUCUUUAACGAAAGGUGAUAAAUGGGAAUUAUUAGACCCUACCAAAGAUGGAAAAUUAAAACUGGUGAUCGACAAUGAUGCUGGAGGUGAUGAUGCUAUGGCAAUAUUUUUAGCUCUCCUUUACGAGAAAUAUUAUGAUGGGGGUUCCAAAUCCUCUAUAAUUAGUACGGACGUAGCAAAUUUUUAUUACGGCAUUGAUGGUUUAGGGGAUACAGGUGAAAAUGUAACAGGCCUAGUUCCUGCGGAGAAACAAAAUGCAGUGUUACGUGACCAAGAGUCUUUACCGGAGUUCAACGCAAAAAUGGACCCAGAAGCUUACCAUAUUGUAGCUCAAAACGCGAACCCAGAUAAAGUCACCAUCAUUCCGUUCUCGCAGACGAAAAUCUAUUUAAAUUUUACUAAGACUUGGAGAAGAGUGGUGCUUGGUGGAAUAAACAGCGACGUAAUGAGACAGAUGAAUAAAUAUGAGGCUGUAUCGCUUAGAAGACCAGGUGGACAAUGGACCGCUCUGGACCCGGCAGCGGUGUCAGCGGCAAUAAAACCGGACUUGGUCAAAGAGUACAGAUAUUCACAGAACGAUAUAAUACUAUGUGGUGAUUACAAAGGAAUUAAUACUAAUAAAUUUGUAGAAAAAGAAGAGGCCAAUGUGAGAGUUAUUUAUUCAUUCAACGAUGAAGACUACCGGCAGUACUUAAUAGACCUCAUGAGUCGUGGCGCAUAA